UAAAGCCCAAAAAUAUCAAAGAUUAAAACCAGACAGCGUUAAUAAUGAUGGCGGACGCAUGCAAAACAGCCAGUAACAAGGCAGGCACAAGUGUCUACAAAGACGUGAAGGAGUAUUAUGGAAAGACACUGAAGCAGACGUCUGAUCUUAAAAGCAAUGCCUGUGUUCCGUCUGCCAAACCUGUUCCUGCCUACGUGAGAAAAGUGCUGGCCGAGGUCCAUCCGGAUGUCUCAGCAAAAUACUAUGGCUGUGGUCUGGUGGUUCCUGAGUGUCUGGAGGGCUGCAGGGUGUUGGAUCUUGGCUGUGGGAGUGGUCGGGACUGCUACAUGCUCAGUAAGCUAGUUGGAGAGAAGGGACACAUUACAGGGAUUGACAUGACUGAAGAUCAGCUUGAAGUGGCACAGAAGUACAUCAACUACCACAUGCAAAGAUUUGGUUAUAAAAAGCCAAAUGUGAAUUUUGUUCACGGGUACAUUGAGGCCUUGGUAAAAGCAGGUCUGGAGGAGAAAUCAUAUGAUAUCGUAAUAUCAAAUUGUGUAGUGAACCUUUCACCAGAUAAAACCAGUGUGCUGAGGGAGGCUUACUCUGUACUGAAGGAUGGAGGAGAAUUGUACUUCAGUGAUGUUUAUAGUGAUGCUAGAAUCUCAGAAGACCUCAAGGCCAACAAAGUGUUAUGGGGUGAGUGCCUCAGUGGAGCAAUGUGGUGGGAAGACUUGAUACGACUAGCUGAAGAAGCUGGGUUCAGCAAACCCCGCCUGGUAACUGCCAGUAUCAUCACUGUGGACAACAAGGAACUAGAGAAACUUCUUGGUGACUACAAAUUUGUGUCUGCCACAUACCGACUCUUCAAGUUACCAAAAAGUGCAAAGAAGAGGCCCUGUCAGGCCAUUUACAAUGGAAACAUCACAGGAGUGGAGGAAAACUUUGAAUUUGAUGCCCAGUAUACCUUUAAGGUAAAUGAAGUGAUGGAAGUGGAUGGUGAUGUGGCCAGCAUCUUGAGCAACUCCAGAUUUUCUGAGGAAUUUUCAUGUCAGCCUCAGGGUGUGAACAUCUCUGCAUCUGGAAACUGCUGUGCCAAACCCAAGGCUGUGUCAAUUAAUAAUCCCUUUGAACUGGUCAAGCAGUUGGGGAGUGCAAGUAUAACUCCAUCCACUGGAGGGUACUGUCUAGGCCAGGAAUCAUGCUGCAAGUGACUGUCUGAAAAUGUAAAGAGAGCAAAUUAAUUGUUGUUGUUAUUGUUAAUUGUAAUUUUGUAAAAAAACAAAACAAAAACAAAUCUACAUAACAAAUAAUACUUCAUUACAUGUAUAGGGGCAGCAUUUAAUUAUUUAUUUUUUAAACAUUUUACAUAAUUCUUUUUGCUAAAUCAUAUUGAUUUCACACAUUUAGCAAUAGCCAGGUCAUCACAGGUCUAUAGAGUUGCAUAGGUUUAAAGCACAAUUUAAAGCAUACACUUAAUCUUUAUUGUAUCUUUAUUGUACUACAAAAGUUCAGUAAACUAUAGUUUAUGUCUGGCAAUCCAAUAAUUUUUACAGUGCGAUGAUAAAAAUAUGUUUGAACAGGUUACCUGUGUAUUACAAUCAAAGCUGAGCUGUAGGAUAUUCCUGAUCUCUGUGAUAUAAUUGUGAAUACAAUAUUUAAUGUGUAAUCAUGCAUCAUCCCUCAAAAUUUCAGAUGAGAAGAGGAACAAUGUUCUGCAGCUCUGGGACAAGUUUAUGUUCUUUGAAAAUGUUGAAGGCCAGAUUGUGACUUAAGUGUACUUGGGAACACACAGAAACAUAGAAAUUGCACAGAAUUACUUCAAAGGGAUUACUUUUGUUUCCCCCUACUAGCGAGAACACGUCAAGUUAUGCUCUAAUAGUCUGAACAUGUGAAGUUUCUGAGUGAAGACUUUGAGAUUGUGAAAUACUAAGUCCAUAAUCAACCAGCUUUUUAUCUGGCUUGAUCUAUGAUCCCUGGCAUAGGUAGGGAUGGUAUCAAAAUGUUCCUACCAACUUUUAGAAAAUCAGAAAUGUCCAAUUUUACCACAUAGAAAACACUUUAACUUUAUACUGCUUUUAUUUUCAUUUUAUUGACUAUUAAAGUUUCUCAGUAUCAUAAUUAAUGUUUAAAUUAUUGUCCCACCUCUUCUGGAGCAGCACAGAAACUGCAUUGUCACGUGCACCUGAGAUUACAGGUGCAAAUUUCCAUUUGUAUUUUAGGUCCAAUCUUUGAAAUUAAUAGAUUUAAACAAUCAUACUUUUUGUGUACAAAUGUUUUCUGCCUAAAACAAAAAACUGAGUUUUGCAUGCGGCCCAAUUGAGGAUUCUGUUGGUUGCUGGUAAGCACCUUCUAAAAGAAGAUGCCUUCGAGUUUGAACGACUGUGGCAGGUAAGGGGGUGAAAUAU